AUGCUCUACGCACUCGACAACAUGGAAACCUCACUCCAAGAUCUACUUCCGCCAUAUUCCAAGACACAAGCAAUUCAUACCUCUCGGCUAAUUCUUCGACCUUUGCAAUGGACCGACCUAGAAUCCCUAUAUAGGCUCCGCACAACCCCAGAAGUGAUGCAAUGGACUAGCCAAGUUCAGACAGACAGCUCUAUACAACAGACGCGUGAGUGGAUGCAAAGAUACAUGGACGAUACUGAAACCCCACGACGUAAUUUCAACUUCAUCGUCGCUCUUCGGGCUGAUAAGGACAAUCACCCGGAUGAACUUCAGCCCAAUUCAUUUUCAAAUGAUAAUAGCGCUAUCAUCGGUGUAUGUGGCCUGACUAGCUUAGACUCCCUGCCAGUCUCUCCAUUACCCAGCUUUGGAUACAUGUUCUUGCCUGAAACCUGGGGCAAAGGAUAUGCUACUGAAGCGGUUCUUGGAUUUCAGAAAGAAUGGAAGCGGCUAAUUGACUUGGGUCACCAAACUCACUCUAUUCCUCUUGGAUCAAGACAGGAUCUUUACGACAUCCGAGCAGUUACUCUCGAGGCUAAUUUACCGAGUGCAAGUGUUCUCCGAAAGUGUGGUUGGAGUGUUUAUGAGGCUGUCGAGGUAAACGGCGAAAAGCUUCUGAGAUGGAUUUUGGACAGAUCGGUCUGCUCUGACACUUAA